AUGAGUCAAGAAGAUUGGACAUCUCAACUAAAAAAACCCACAAAGGAUACGAGACCUCAAACAGAUGAUGUUUUGAAUACGAAAGGUAAUACUUUUGAAGAUUUUUUCUUAAAAAGAGAGCUACUAAUGGGUAUAUUUGAAGCAGGUUUUGAAAAACCAUCCCCAAUUCAAGAAGAAUCAAUUCCAGUAGCACUUGCAGGGAGAGAUAUUCUAGCCAGAGCUAAGAAUGGUACUGGUAAAACUGCAGCAUUUGUUAUUCCAACAUUAGAAAAAGUGAAACCAAAGAUUAAUAAAAUUCAAGCAUUGAUCAUGGUUCCAACAAGAGAAUUAGCAUUACAAACUUCUCAGGUGGUGCGUACUUUAGGUAAGCAUUGUGGAGUCUCCUGUAUGGUUACCACUGGUGGUACCAACUUGAGAGAUGAUAUCUUGAGAUUAAACGAAACUGUUCACGUUCUUGUAGGGACUCCAGGUAGAGUAUUGGAUUUAGCAUCAAGAAAAGUGGCAGAUUUAAGCGAAUGUUCACUAUUCGUUAUGGAUGAAGCUGAUAAAAUGCUUUCGCGUGAUUUCAAAACUAUCAUCGAACAAAUCUUAAUCUUUCUACCACCACAACAUCAGUCACUUUUGUUUAGUGCAACUUUCCCUAUAACGGUUAAGGAAUUUAUGGUUAAGCAUUUACACAAACCUUAUGAAAUUAAUUUGAUGGAGGAAUUAACUUUAAAGGGUAUUACCCAAUAUUACGCCUUUGUGGAAGAAAGGCAAAAAUUACAUUGUUUGAAUACACUUUUCUCCAAAUUACAAGUUAAUCAAGCCAUUAUCUUUUGUAAUUCGACAAACCGUGUCGAAUUGUUAGCCAAAAAGAUCACAGAUUUAGGUUAUUCAUGCUAUUAUUCUCAUGCUAGAAUGAGGCAACAAGAGAGAAAUAAAGUUUUCCACGAAUUCCGUCAAGGUAAAGUGCGUACCCUGGUAUGCUCUGAUCUUUUAACUCGUGGUAUUGAUAUCCAAGCCGUCAAUGUUGUUAUUAAUUUUGAUUUCCCCAAGACAGCAGAAACUUACCUGCAUCGUAUCGGUAGAUCAGGUAGAUUCGGUCAUUUAGGUCUUGCAAUCAAUCUAAUUAAUUGGAAUGAUCGUUUCAACCUUUACAAAAUUGAACAAGAAUUGGGCACAGAAAUUGCCGCUAUUCCUGCCACUAUUGAUAAAUCCUUAUACGUUGCCGAAGAUGUAUCCACAGUGCCAACACCAUUCCCAUUACAACAACAAUCGUUACCACAACAGCAACAUCAACAACAACCACAGCAACAACCACAGUACGGUUCACCAGCACAAAGCUUUACACCUCAAAGUUUUGCUCAGCAGCUAACACCACAAGGUUUAGCACCUCAAGGCUUGGCUGCCGCUCAAAAUUUAUCGCCUCAAGGUUUGGCUCCCCAGGGUUUGGCACCACAAGCUUUAUCACCACAAGCUCUAACCAAUGGGUUACCUCAAGGUAUCCCACAAGGUCUAGCGCAGGGCUUACCACAAGGUAUUAUGGCACAAGGUAUUCCCCCAAACUUUGCUGCUCCACCACACUAUUGA